CCUGCUUGGCCUGGGGCUUUCUGCCCCCUUUCAGGGCCGGAGCAGGGUAGCAGUGGAGCUGUGGGGAGAAGCUGCUCAAGGAAGGAGAUGAACCCCCUCCUCCGCUUCCCGAUGGCUCUGCUGCUCUGGCCACUGCUGGCCGCCUGCCUGCCUGCUCUGAGUGCUGGGCAAGACCAGGCCACCUUUGUUCCCGACGUGGGCUGGGAUGACGGUGCCCAGAGGAACAUGCUGCUGGUCCCUCCGGUGGAAGUCCCGUCCGAAGACGAUCGGCUGCCACAGGCGGGAACAGAACCCCAAGGGGCCCUUCAGGACCCCACAAAGUCUCCCCACUUUCCAGAUGAAGCUGCCAUCCCGGGGGAGAUGGUUCCGGAUGGGUCGAAAGAGCUGGGGGACCUCCCCAAUUCUCUCGAGCAGGAGGAGGAGGAGGAGGAGGAGGACGAAGGCUGCCAGGACCAAGCCCUUUCCGGAAGUGUGGACCAGAUCGCUUCAGCCAUGAGGGCCCUGGGGGUGGACCUCCUGCGGGAGAUGGAAGCGGAGGACAGCACGGGCAACACCAUCUUCUCUCCCCUCAGCAUCGGCCUGGCCCUCGCCCACCUGGCUCUCGGGGCCGCCAACCAGACCCAGAAGCGCCUCCUGGAGGUCCUGCACAUGGAGUUCGUGCCCUGCCUCCACCAGGCGCUGCGGGGGAUCACCCAGCACCUUCACCAGACGGCCCUCAGCAUAGCCGGCCGCCUCUUCUUGGAGAAAGGCUUCCCGGUCAAAGAGAAGUUCCUGGAGGCGUCCCAGAGGUUCUACGGAGCAACGCCCGGCCUGCUUUCUGGGAACAACCAGGCUGACCUGGAGACCAUCAACAGGUGGGUGGAAGAAGCCACCAAUGGGCAGAUCUCCACCAUGCUCACCCAGCUGCCUCCCAACAUCGUGAUGGUCCUUCUCAACGCGGUCUACUUCCAAGGGUUCUGGAAGACCAAAUUCAACCCACUCCUGACGGAGCCCAGCCUGUUCCACCUGGACGAGGACUCUGCGGUCUCUGUGGAGAUGAUGAAGGAACGGGACUUCCCCCUCAGCUGGUUCAGAACGGAGUCCUGGGAGGCCGAGGUUGCCAAGUUUCCCUUUAAGGGCAACGCCUCCUUCGUGGCCAUCGUCCCCCGGCUCCACCUGCGGAAGAACUUCUCUCAGCUUCUGUCCGAGGUCCUCCAGCUCGGUCUGGAGGCCUCGUUCCCCAAGGAGAGACCCACCAUGGUGAAGAUGCCGAAGCUGCACUUAGAGGACCACGUGGACCUCAACGGGGCCUUGACUCGGCUAGGUCUCGGAGAGCUCUUCUCCGCCCCAGACCUCCACCACAUCGCCGAGGGGCCCCUGGUGGUCUCCAGCAUCCAGCACCGAGCCGCCCUGGAGCUGGCCGAGGCUGGAGUGCAGGCAGCGGCAGCCACCAGCGUGGUGGCUUCCCGCUCUUUCUCGGCCUUCUCCCUCGACCAGCCCUUCAUCUUCAUGAUCACGGAGGACAUCACGGGCAUCCCCCUCUUCGUGGGCACCAUCCGGAACCCCAGCCCUGGGGCUCCCCGGGAGAAGACGGGCCAGGACCCCCUUGGGGAGAAGGAAGGGCCGCCUCUUGAUCACGAGCGUCGCCGCUGGAAGCCCUGAAGGGCCACAGGGCUCCCCCCCCCAUUCCAGACAACCCGGCCUCCCAGAAGACCCUCCCGAUGGCUGCCCACCCAAAGCGGCUCUCCCUCCCAGUUGGUGUCUCAGGAGGGGGGUGGGAUCCCAUUCCAAUCUUGAAACUGAGGUGGUGGGAGAGCCUCCCUCGGCCACUGGUGGCCCUGGCAGUUGGGAUCCGGCACCUCAGCUUGCCAGAUGUGGGGCUCCCCAUCUGGCCUGGCAGCCCCCCCAUUGAUUUCUCUCCCCCCUCAGUGGUUUCUUUGGCAUCAGGCUGGAUGUCCCCCCCCCAUUUAGUCAGAGCAAACUCCUCUUUGCCCCGGGAGCCCCCCCCUCAGUCCACGUUACACACAGG